AACAAGUAUUUCGGUGGAAAGUGUAUGGGGGGGCGGCAGAGUGAGAUACGAAGGAGGCAUUGAACUGAUUCUCAUUGUUGAGUUUUUUCAAGUAUUAUUUAAAUAAAUAAAAGGAAUAAAAAUGUCCUAUGAAACAAAAUACAUUUUUGCUACAUUGCCCAGGACUCAAAGAGGACAACCCCUUGUCUUAGGUGCUGAUCCUAAAGGGAAGAACUUUUUGUACACUAAUGGUAAUAGUGUUAUCAUUCGAAAUAUUGAUAAUCCAGCCAUUGCAGAUAUUUAUACUGAACAUUCUUGUCCAGUUAAUGUUGCAAAGUAUUCUCCCAGCGGAUUCUACAUAGCAUCAGGAGACCAGUCUGGCAAAGUACGUAUUUGGGAUACCGUUAACAAAGAACAUAUUUUAAAAAACGAGUUCCAUCCCAUUGGAGGACCCAUUAAAGAUAUAGCAUGGUCACCUGAUAAUCAACGUAUGGUGGUAGUCGGAGAAGGAAGGGAGAGAUUUGGUCACGUAUUUAUGGCGGAAACCGGUACAUCUGUAGGUGAAAUUUCGGGCCAGAGCAAGCCCAUUAACUCUUGCGACUUCAGACCUGCAAGACCAUUUAGACUGAUCACUGGAAGCGAGGACAAUACUAUUGCCGUUUUCGAAGGACCCCCAUUUAAGUUUAAAAUGACCAAGCAGGAACACACUAGGUUUGUUCAAGCUGUCCGUUACUCGCCUAACGGCAAUCUGUUCGCGUCUGCAGGAUUUGACGGGAAAGUAUUUAUUUAUGAUGGCACAACUUCAGAUUUAGUUGGAGAAGUCGGAUCCCCGGCUCAUCAAGGCGGUGUAUAUGGAGUAGCUUGGAAACCUGAUGGCACGCAAUUACUGACUGCUUCCGGAGAUAAGACAUGCAAACUGUGGGAUGUGGAAACUCGUUCACUGAUUAGCGAAUUCAAUAUGGGACCAGCAGUUGAUGAUCAACAGGUGAGCUGUUUAUGGCAAGGAAAUAAUUUGCUGACUGUAUCGUUAAGCGGAUUUAUCAAUUAUCUUGAUGUCGACAAUCCUGAAAAGCCAAUUAGAAUAAUCAAGGGUCAUAAUAAACCAAUAACAGUAUUAACGUUGAGUCCUGAUAGAAGUACAAUUUACACUGGAUCUCAUGACGGAUACAUUACCAAUUGGAACGCAAAUACAGGAGAGAAUGAUCGCAUUCAGGGCCACGGCCAUGGGAAUCAGAUCAAUGGAAUGAAAGCCGCGAAGAAUUUGCUUUACACUGCUGGUAUCGAUGAUACCUUGAGGACGGUGGAAAUCGAUGCGAACACUUAUACAGACACAUCUGUUGUUAAGCUGGACAGCCAACCGCGAGGUCUAGAUAUUUAUAACGAUAUUGUUGUAAUUGCUACAAUUAGGCAGAUCACUGUUACUCAAGAUGGCCGGAAGGUAUCAAGUGUACCUAUUGAUUACGAACCUUCCUGCGUGUCAAUUAAUCAAGAGAAUGGUGACAUAGCUAUAGGAGCUACAUCAGACAAUACAGUUCAUAUUUAUACAUUAUCAGGCACGAGUCUAACUCCUAAAACUGAAUUGGAACAUUUGGGUCCAGUCACAGAUGCGUCAUACAGUCCGGAUAGCAAAUAUUUGGUAGCUUGCGACGCAAACAGAAAAGUGAUUCUUUAUGUUGUCCCGGAGUACAAGAGGCUCGCGCACAAUAGGGAAUGGGGUUUCCACAACGCAAGAGUGAAUUCUGUAGCGUGGUCUCCUGACUCGGAUAUGGUCGCCAGUGGUAGCCUGGAUACAACGAUCAUUAUUUGGAGCGUUGCAAAUCCGGCAAAGCAUACCAUUAUUAAAAAUGCUCACCCACAAAGCCAAAUAACGCGUUUAGUGUGGCUUGAUGAAGAAACAUUGAUCUCAGUAGGGCAGGAUUGCAAUACUAAGAUAUGGCGUAUAGAAAAGAUUUAAUUAAUUUCACGUAAUAUUUAUCUUAUUUUUCGUUUCCUUUUUUCUUUGAAGAGCUUAUCUUUGGAUGCAUUUUAUUUAUUUUGUAGUCAAUGGAUAUUGUGUAUUAUUUUUUAAUACGAUCCUUAAAUAAGAUUAAUCAGAUUCUACUGUGAUCUUUUUAUAUUCGAUACAUUUGAAAAGAAUGAUCAAAACGAGUGACACGUUACAAACAAAAGCCGCCGCCGCGAUACUUUUUUACAUUUUCAUGCAGCGUCAAUUAUAAAUAACAUUUUUACACACUGUAAUUAUUUUUUAAAUGUUUACAGCGUAACGAUAAACACACGGUGUUGUUUGAUUCUUCAAUUUUUACUGGGUGAUUGUAAAAAGAAUUGAUUGUGGAAGAAAAAAAAAGAAAUCAAAAAACGGAUA